UGAACCUGGUUUGCAAUUUCGUCCUUAUUCUUUCCCAACAACCAACAAUCCAAUCCAACAACCCCCCACCGCAUUUAUAUAUUUGUCCUCUUUUUCUUCUCCGUUGCUACUAUCUCUGGAGUCCCUAUAGUAAUAGCGAGAGAGAUGGGAUUGAAGAAAGCGACGACGUCGUUGGAGGAAGUGAUAGAGAAAGCAGGAGGUUGUGCUGUGGUGGACGGAGGGUUCGCUACCCAGCUGGAGAGACACGGCGCUGCCAUCAACGACCCUCUCUGGAGCGCCGUCUGCCUCAUCAAAGACCCCGACCUCAUCAAGCGGGUCCACUUGGAAUACUUGGAAGCCGGCGCAGAUAUUCUGGUCACUUCAUCUUACCAGGCCACAAUUCCUGGAUUUUUGUCCAGAGGACUGUCCAUUGAAGAAGGGGAGUUGUUGCUGAAGAAAAGUGUGAAAUUGGCUGUUGAAGCUCGCAACAGUUUCUGGGAUGCUCUCAAAGUGACACCUGAGCAUCAGUAUAACAGGGCUUUGGUUGCUGCCUCUAUUGGAAGCUAUGGAGCUUAUCUUGCUGAUGGCUCAGAAUAUAGUGGAUGUUAUGGACCCCAAGUGAAUGUUGAUAAGCUCAAGGAUUUCCACCGACGCAGAUUGCAAGUUCUUGUGGAAGCAGGUCCUGAUUUACUUGCAUUUGAGACCAUCCCUAAUAAGCUUGAAGCUCAGGCCUGCGUUGAGUUGCUCGAAGAAGAAAACAUUCAAAUACCAUCUUGGAUAUGUUUCACCUCUGUAGAUGGUGAAAACGCCCCAUCCCAAGAGAGCUUCAAGGAAUGCCUUGACAUAAUAAAUAAGAGUAACAAAAUACAUGCAGUGGGAAUAAAUUGCGCACCUCCUCAUUUGAUUCAGUCUCUCAUCUGCAAAUUUAAAGAGUUAACCAAUAAAGCAAUUGUUGUGUACCCUAAUAGUGGUGAGAUAUGGGAUGGCAAAGCUAAAAGAUGGCUGCCUGCCAAGAGUUUUGAUGACAACAAUUUUGAAUGCUUUGCAACAAGCUGGCGUGACGCAGGAGCUAAACUCAUUGGAGGCUGUUGUCGGACAACACCUUCCACCGUUCAAUUUAUUUCUAAGGCUCUAAAAGGAAAUUCGUGCUGAUCAAGUAACAGUGACGGCUAUAUUUAGGAAUUUUUAGGUUAACCGAGAUUGAUUUGGUUACAUAAAUUCUUUUGGUUUGGUGUUAGAAGCCAUUUGUUUAAGAAAUUGCCUUCUGUUGGCAAAUGAAAAUUGUUACACGAAAAUUUUUUUUUGAAAGAAAUGCAGAGUUUGUUAUUGAUCGUGUC